AUGCUAAAAAAUACACAAGAAGAAAUAAAUAAAAAAAAUAAUCAUGCUACAAGUCGUGGACAACUUUUAGAACCAAUAGCCACAAUAUCUUCCAUGUAUUUGAAUUCUGUAUUUGUGCUGUUAGAGCAUCUGUUAUUGCUCUAUGAAUCAAUCCAAUUACUUGUUAAAAAAAUGGUUCAAAAUGCUGAUCGAGAAAUUUGUAAAGAUAGAAAAAAAUUAGAGGCUUUAUUGUUAAAUAAAGAAGAAUUAUUAGGUCUUAAAGAACUUAUUAGUUUAUUAGAACUCUUUGUUUGUGUAACAUGUCUAAUAGGUGGUAAUACAUAUCCUAUAUUCUCUCUUAUAUUUCCAACAAUUGCAACCCUUCAAGAAUACUUGUUUAAACUAGAAAAAAUCCUUACCCAUCAAGAAGAUCUAAAAAUAGAAGGAUAUUUAGCUGCAAUCUUGGAUCCUCAUUUUAAAAAUCUAAAAUUUGCCCCAGAAAAUUUCAAAGAAACAAAACAAUACCUCAAGCAAAAAAUGAUAGCAUUAGAUGAAAAUGAAUAUUUAGAGGAACAACCAACA